AUGAAAACACUCACGCGUUCAAUUCACUCCAUUAUUCAAAGUCUGCCUCCUCUUUAUCACUCGUCGCUUCCUUGCCUCUUCAUUGCCUUUCCUUCCUUUCCUUGCCUCCUCUUCAUUCUCUCGUCGCACACCAGUGCACCACGUACCUUUUCCACGCGCGAUAACACUUUUCUUCCUUAUAGAUCCUCCAUGUCGUUCAAAUUUCCAUCCUUCAACCUUCAGUCGCUCCAGGAGUCUCUCCCCGACUUCGAGAACCUCUCCAAAUCGUUUUCCCAGCUGAAUGCCGGCAAAAACCUCGACCAAUUCCGGGAAUCGUUGCAACCGUUUGCUGCUAAAACGACGCAAAUGAUCUCUUCUCAGCUCCAGCAAGUGCAACAUAUGGCAAAUAUCCACACCGGGAACGCAGGUGUAGAGGUGAGCGAACUUCCAGCGGAAUAUUUGCAAUUGGAGGCCAAUUGUGAUCUUGUUCUCAAAUUGUAUACUGACUUGAUUCAUUUCUCCAACGAUACUUUUGCCAAAGUUUCCUAUGAUUACCCUCCCGCUAACAACGCCAUCAACAAGAUCCGCGACGCCAAGGUGGGGAGUCUCAUUGGUGAAAAAUUCAAUCAACUUAAGAACGUCUCGACACCGCAGGAAUUGGAGAAAGUGUUGAUGGGAGGCACCCCAGACGACUCAGAAUCCACCGUGGACGUGCAAACCAUUUCUGCCAAGGUUCCCAAGACGUUGUAUGGGCAAUUGGCUCAAAUUGCCGAGAAACACAGCGAAGAAUUGAAGAGUAAAAAUAGUGCUAUAUCGCUCGCUUUGCUCCAAUUGUCGUCCACCUAUGUGGAAAUUGCCUCCGCUCGUCUUGACAUGGACUCCAAGAUCAUGGACCAGUUUAACCAGCAAUUGAUCACCAUUUUGAACGAGCAAUUUAUCCUGGUGAACGAGUUGAGAAAAAAGGUUUAUUCUACAAGACUGGAGUUUGACCUCUUGAGAUCGACGUCUACGGCCACCGAAGAAGAGGAGGAGAACGAAGAGAUCAUUGCCAAGGAAGACGAGCUCGUCAGCGCUACCGAGGCUGCGGUGGUGGAAAUGAAAAAGUUGUUGAAACCUUCGAAAAACGUUUCGUUGGUUCAGAUUUUCGUCAAUGCCCAGAAAGAGUGGUUUGAACUCAGCGCCAAGAAAUUGGCAUCCCUUUCCGAGUCGUUGGCUAACAUCGACGUCAAGGACGAAGACGACUAG